AACCCCCUAUUUUCCAAAAAGCCCACAGCAAUAACAAGAAUCCACUCUAACAUGCACCACCACAACCACUCUCACUCCUCUUGACACUCACAGCCUCUUUAUUCAUUGUUCUUUCCGCCAACCCAGUUUAGAAGGCUUUCAGGCAGCGUUUUGAAGAAUGGGCCCUUAUUAUGUUGGUGCCAUCAUUCCAAUUCUGCUAACGCUCCUGGUGCGUAGCACGAAGAAGGAGAAGAAAAGGGGUCUGCCUGCGGAUGUUGGUGGAGAUAAUGGUUAUGCAAUCAGAAACUACCGGUUCACUUCACCCAUCGAAUCAGCCUGGGACGGGAUUACGACCCUUGCUGAGCUUUUUGAGCAGUCAUGCCAAAAAUAUUCUAACAGGAGAUUGCUAGGGACACGGAAAUUGAUUGCAAGAUCAGUCGAGAUAUCUGGUGGGAAGUCUUUUGAGAAGCUCCAUUUGGGUGAAUAUGAAUGGAUAAGUUAUGGGCAAGCUUUUGAAUCCGUAUGCCAUUUCUCCUCUGGUUUAGUGCAACUUGGACAUCAAAGGGGAGAACGCGCGGCAAUCUUUGCUGACACACGUGAAGAAUGGUUAAUUGCGCUGCAGGCUUGUUUCAGGCGCAAUAUAACAGUUGUGACCAUCUAUGCAUCUCUAGGUGAAGAGGCACUAUGUCACUCAUUUAAUGAGACAGAAGUCACAACUGUGAUCUGUGGACACAAGGAACUGAAGAAAAUAGCAAACGUUAGUGGACAACUUGACACCGUCAAGCGUAUUAUAUGCAUGGAUGAUGAAUUCCAGUCAGAUGCUUCACUGGUUAGUCUGGUGUCUGGAAGCAGCGGGUGGACUGUCACUUCAUUCUUGGAUGUAGAGAAGCUGGGCCGCGAAAAUCCAGUUGAUCCAGAGUUACCUCUUUCAGCUGAUAUUGCUGUGAUAAUGUACACAAGUGGUAGUACUGGUAUGCCCAAGGGUGUGAUGAUGACACAUGGUAACAUUUUAGCUACAUUAUCUGCUGUGAUGACUAUUGUUCCCGGACUAGGACAAGAUGAUGUUUAUCUAGCAUACCUGCCACUGGCCCAUAUUCUGGAACUAGCAGCUGAGAAUAUUAUGCCUGCCAUUGGAAGUUCGAUAGGAUAUGGGUCUCCUUUAACUCUCACCGAUACUUCAAACAAGAUAAAGAAGGGAACCAAAGGGGAUGCGUCGGUGCUAAUGCCAACACUUCUGGCAGCAGUACCUGCCAUUCUUGAUCGUGUUAGAGAUGGUGUGCGUAAAAAGAUAGAUGCCACUGGUGGACUCCCAAAGACACUAUUCGAUUUGGCAUAUUCUCGCCGAUUGUCUGCAAUAAAUGGAAGUUGGUUUGGGGCUUGGGGAUUGGAGAGGUUUCUAUGGGACCUUCUGGUGUUCAGAAAAGUUCGAGCUAUUUUGGGUGGUCGUAUUCGCUUCAUACUAUCUGGAGGAGCCCCUCUUUCUGCUGACACCCAAAGAUUUAUUAAUAUAUGUCUUGGUGCUCCAAUUGGUCAAGGGUACGGUCUUACUGAGACCUGUGCUGGUGGGACUUUUAGUGAAUACGACGAUCCAUCUGUUGGUCGUGUUGGUGCUCCUCUGCCUUGCUCAGUUGUUAAGUUGAUUGAUUGGCCUGAAGGCGGAUAUUUAAUUAGCGACACUCCAAAGCCACGUGGUGAGAUUGUCAUCGGUGGACCUAAUGUUACUCUUGGAUACUUCAAGAAUGAUGAGAAAACAACUGAAGUUUACAAGGUGGAUGAGAGAGGAACAAGAUGGUUCUACACUGGUGACAUCGGGCAGUUCCAUGCCGAUGGUUGCCUCGAGAUAAUUGAUCGUAAGAAGGACAUUGUUAAACUUCAACAUGGAGAAUACGUAUCCCUGGGGAAGGUUGAGACUGCUCUGAUCGUCAGCCCAUACGUGGAGAACAUCAUGGUGCAUGCUGAUUCUUUAUACAAUUACUGUGUGGCUUUGGUGGUGGCUUCACAACAAGCAUUGGAAGCUUGGGCUUCGAAACAAGGAAUUCAAUAUUCCGAUUUUGCUGACUUGUGCCAAAAGGAAGAGACUCUCAAGGAAAUCUCCAACUCAUUCCUCAAGGAAGCAAAGGCAGCAAAAUUGGAGAAGUUUGAGGUUCCUGCAAAGAUUAAAGUACUGUCUGAAGCUUGGACACCGGAAUCGGGUCUCGUCACUGCUGCUCUGAAGCUCAAGAGAGAAGUGAUUAGGAAAACCUUCUCUGAGGAUCUUUCCAAGCUAUACUCUUCAUAAACCAGUUUUCAGAAAUACCCUUUUUUGUAGAUUUCACAGCAAUCUUGCAGAGGUGUUUAUCCUUUAAUUUUCUGUUGCUUCAUUUCUCCAAAGAGAAAAAAAAACUCACUUUCAUGUACUGUACUAAAAUACUGUUUCUGGUC